CAAGAGGACACAGGGGACACAAGGGAAACACUAGUCACAAGGGACACAAGGGGACACAGGCGACAUAGUUGAAGACCAGGGACACUAGGAACACAGGGAACUCAAAGGGACACAGGGGACACAAGUGGACACAUGGGACAAAGGGAACACAACAAACACAGGGGGGGGGGACAAGAGACACAAGGGGCACAGGGAACCCAAGGAGACACUGGGUUCACAAGGGACACAGCGGACACAAGGGACAUAGGAGACAGAGGGGACACAGGGAACACAGGGGACACAAAGGGAUAGAGGGGAGACAAGGAGACAAGAGACGCAGGGGACACGGGGAAACACAAGGGAGUCAGGGGACUGAGGGGACACAAUUGAAAACAAGGGAGACUGGAGACACAGUCAACACAAGGGGACACAGGGGAGACAAGGGGACACCAGGUACACAGGGGUCACAAGGGACAGGGGACAAAACUUGACCUAGGGGACACAAGGGACACAGAGGACAGAACUGACACACUGGACUAUAGGGACUUAGAGGACACAAAGGAACACAGGGGACAGAAAGGUGCAAAAGGGACACAAGGGAACACAGGGAACACAAAGAAACAGAAAGGUAGCAGGGGACACAAGGGGUCAUGAGCGAGACAAGGGGACAUUGGGAACACAGGGAUUACAACGGACACAAUAGGGCACAUGGGACACAAGGGGACAAAAGGAACACAAGGGUACACAGGGGACACAAGGGGACAAAAGCAACACAGGAGACUCAUGGCACACAAGGGACACAGGGGCUGCAUGGGACAGUGGAGACACAACGGACACAGGGGACACAGGAGACACAAGGGACACAAGGGGACACAUGGGACGCAGGGGACACGAGGGACACAGGGGACUUAUGGGACACAAGGAACACAGGGUACACAAGAGACAUAGAGGACACCGGGAACACAUGUGUUACAAGGGACGUAAGUUGACCCAAGGCACACAGGGGACACAAGGGACACAAGAAACAAAGGGGAUCCAGGGGACACAAGGGACACGAUGGACACAGGGGAGAGAAGAGACCCAAGGGACAAAGGGUCACUUGGGGACACAAGGGACACAAUGGGACAAAAGGGACACAAGGGGACACAGGAGACACAAGAGAUACAAGGGGCGCAAGGGGACACAAUGGACACAGGAGACUCAGGGCACACAAGGGACACAAGGGACACAGGGGCUCCAUGGAACACAAGGAACACAGGGGACAGAAGGGACACAAGGGGACACAUUAGACGCAGGUGACACAAUUGGAACAAAGAAACACAAA